UUCAGACCGAAUCACCAAAAUAAACCCACGGGGAGGGAGAGCGGUCGCAGGCUGCGUCCCGCAGCUGGAGGUGGCAGAGCCCAGGAGCCUCGCUCUCCAAAGCUGGAGAAACGUCGGGGCUCUGCGUGCUCUGCCUCCCAAGGACACCCGGUGCCAGUGGCUGCCCCAGCCGUAAGGAGAAGGGACUAUUUCAGCUGGCUUUAUGUACGUGGCCUGGAUGGAGCCCACCUCCACCACCCUGGGGAAGACGAAGGAACUCAUCAGGCACGGCCGUGAGAGGAUAGGACAGACCAUCAAGGCCUCCGGCUCCCGACUCUGCUCGUAUGCUGAACGAGUUGCUUUUUUAAUGGAUCGUUCCCGGAGCCCGGACAAAAGCAGCCAGCCUCCAACAGCAACUGACAACAUCAACCUUGGACCUUCUGCUAAUCCAAAUGCCAAGCCAACAGACUUUGACUUCCUGAAGGUUAUUGGCAAAGGAAGCUUUGGAAAAGUUCUCCUGGCCAAACGCAAGUGCGAUGGGACUUUUUACGCUGUGAAAGUCUUGCAUAAGAAAACCAUCCUAAAGAAAAAGGAGCAAAACCACAUCAUGGCAGAGCGCAAUGUGCUCCUGAAAAAUGUGAAGCACCCCUUCCUUGUGGGACUCCAUUACUCCUUCCAGACCUCGGAGAAGCUUUACUUUGUGCUUGACUAUGUAAAUGGAGGAGAGCUCUUCUUCCACUUGCAAAGGGAGCGCUGUUUCCGUGAGCCCCGGGCCCGAUUCUAUGCUGCAGAAGUGGCUAGUGCAAUUGGGUACCUGCAUUCUUUAAACAUCAUUUACAGGGACCUAAAACCUGAGAACAUCCUCCUGGAUUGCCAGGGACACAUAGUAUUGACAGAUUUUGGACUCUGCAAAGAAGGAAUGGAGCAAGAGGAGACAACCUCUACUUUUUGUGGCACUCCUGAGUACCUGGCUCCUGAGGUGCUAAAGAAGCAGCCGUAUGACAGGACAGUAGACUGGUGGUGCCUGGGAGCCGUCCUCUAUGAGAUGCUGUUUGGACUGCCUCCUUUUUACAGCCGGGACGUGUCUCAGAUGUAUGACAACAUUCUUCACAAGCCACUCCAAAUCCAAGGAAGCAAGACUGUGGCAGCUUGUGACAUUCUCCAGGGACUUCUCCACAAGGACCAGAAGAAGAGGCUGGGUGCCAAGACAGACUUUCUUGAGAUAAAGAACCAUGUAUUCUUCAGCCCAAUAAACUGGGAUGACUUGUACCACAAGAGGAUUACUCCUCCGUUUAACCCCAAUGUGGCUGGUCCAUCUGAUCUGCGACACUUCGACCCAGAGUUCACCCAAGAAGCCAUCUCCACCUCCAUCACCCACACGCCUGACCUAGCAGCCAGCAGCUCCAGUGCCUCAGAUGCAUUUUUAGGAUUUUCUUAUGCACCAACUGAAGAGGACAUCUAGGUUUUAUAAAGGCUUUGAGAAGCCAUUUUUUAACUGAAUGUGGUUUUAUUUUGGGGAUUUUUUUUUUUUUUUUUUUUUUUUUUUAAAGCAUUGGUACUGUCCUUUGCUCAUGGUUUAAGCAAAUUGGGACUAAUACACUAACUAGUGGGGAUGGAACAGAGCUCUUAACUUUUGUUAUUUGAAUUUCCCUCUGAAUGACUGUUCCCCUGGCAGGGAAAGUGGGACACUGUUGUUAUUAUUAUUUUCCCCCUGAGUGUUUUGUGCUACUGGGCAGAAUUGUAUUCACUCUGUGGUUGUAUUUAUGGUUGAGGCAUGUACCAUCAUUCACAUCAACACCCCUGUUCCUUUAACUGGCCACUUUUUCUUUUGGUGGAGCAGCUCUGCCAAGCUAUGUCCCCCACCCAGCAGAGAGGGAAACUCUUCACACUACCCAGAACAGUGGCUUCCUUCCUUUUAAGCGGCCUGUGCCACUUAAGCCGCUUGCCCCAGACUGAGCUGGGCUCAGAAACUGUUCAUCGGUUACUGUUCAGGUCUGUAAAUCCUGAGCUGCCCUGUGGCCUUUCGUAGCAGCCAGUUUCUGCCCAGGAUGUGUGGAUCAUCCCUCUCUUCCAGGCAACACAGAGGCUGUUACGGAGGUUAUGAAGGAGCCAGUGUGUGUGGAGGUGAAAUCCCAGAUAAACUGUGUUGGGGGGGAAAAAAAAAAAAGAGCUGCUUAGCCAUAAGGUUCUUUAAGGUUAUAACCCCUCCUUGGGGUGGGGGAUCCUUUCACAGCACAUGAAAGACACACCAACACUAGUGAAACGAGCAGCACUGGGCCCUCACAUCAGGCCUCCAGCACCCAUCUGAAAACACCCAUCACUGAUGUGGAAGAGUUGUUUAUUCUGCCUUAAUUUAAAUGCUGGUAUACUCCCUGAAUGUCACUUCCCUUUUUUUUUUUUUUUUUUUAAGUUGUUUUUUGUUGCUGUGGGGAGGAGGAAGGGGGUGAAGACCUUCCACCUGCCACACAGGGGUAAACAAGGGGUUUCUAGAAGCUGUGUGAUGAUGCUCGAACUGUUGGGAAGCUUGUGUUGGAAGAAUUCUUUUUUUUCCUGACUUGUACAUGCUGAAGUCAUCAGAAACAUGACAUGGUUUAUAUUAAAGUGCAUAUAUGGAUGUGUGUCCA